AAACAAACCAACAGCUGUUUUCUGUGGAAAGAGAGUAUAAAGGGUCAUAUUUUUUAUGACAUAACCUCUUACUUCGAGAAAAUUGCAAGCAAAACAAGACGAAAAUGUUAACGAAGCUACGUCCGCUUGUGCCGCGUCUGCUAUCCAGUACUGCACCUGCCACAUUGAAUAUAGCUACAGCCACAACCCGCCACUACAGCGAUGGACGUAGUGUAUAUGAGCCGGAUUAUUUGGAGUCACUAAAACCCAAAUUCCCACAAUAUUCCUGUCUUAACGUACAAAUUAAAGGUUAUGAUUUUCCAAUUCUUGAAAGCUACCAGCGCUACUUGCAUAGCAUUGCGGAAUACCUGGAUAUCGAUGUAUCCGAUUGCUACGCUUUGCCACCACAACAAACCAAAGUGCAAAGACUGCGACCAAACUCGGCUAUAGUAGAUGCUGAAUACAAAUUGACUGUUUACGAACGUAAUCUGCAAAUUAACGAUGUAAAUGCUCCUAUAUAUCCUGUAUUUUUGCGCAUAGCACAAGCAGCGCUACCAGCAGGUGUGCAGCUAAGUGUCCAAGAACACUCCGAAGAAUUGGAGGAACGUCGCUAUGUGCCUGAUCGUGAUUUGCUCGAUCUGAAAGCAGAGUUGGGACGCAUGCAAACUGGCAACAUGGGUGGGCCAAAAAAGAAAUAAAGCGAUUGUCUUUUAAUUGUACACAGAGGGUACAAUUUAAACGUACAUACUUGUGUGCAUACAUUUAUUUCUUGUGGUUAACUUACAUUAUUUCAAGUGAAUAAAAAUACAAUAUUCAACUUAAUAUUAAAUGGAAUCUACUAUUUAAAGCUUUCACUACUGGACGGCAAUGAAUUUUCUUGAUGGUGUCUAUUUUUUUAGUUCUUAAAUAGAACAGUAGAAGUCAUACCUUCACUCGUCGUGCAGAAGUAAACGUACAUAUGUAUGUAUGUAUAUGUUGAAUUUAAAUCUAUAUAGCUCUAAACGAAGAUUUAUUUGCACAGCUUAUAUUGCAAUGUUAAUGUGCUAGC